AUGCCAAACGGUGCCGCUUAUUUAAGGCCUACACCUUUUACCGAUGAGAUGCCGACCUUUCCACAAGUCAACCGUGGCCGGGAAGAGCCGUCAGCAUAUCGAUUCGAGGCACUUGACAAUUAUGUCUGUGCCAUGGCCAGUAAAAACGUUCCUACGAACGUAAUAAAGAUUGCCAUCGUGGAAUAUGAUUAUGUGGUUCGCAAACGCGAUGAAAUAUCACUUCAAAAAGGUAGUGUUGUCGCUGUUCUAGAACAGAACCAUGAAUGGUGGAAGGGUGACUUAAAUGGCCAUAUUGGAACAUUCCAGCAAACCACGUUAAGCCUAUUGGCCCGAGUAAUAUCGAUUUCUCAGAGGAACCUGAGAGAUAAAUCUACAGCUUUGACUACCGUGAACAGACUAACAAUAAUUCCUCCUCCUAAUCGAAGAAUAUAA